AUGUUAAUCUAUAUUAUCAUACUGAUGUCAUUAACAGAAGGUUCCAGAGCCUCAGAAGUCAUCACUCCAAAAUGUGACAGAGAAUUUGCUCUUGAGGGUGACAAUGUGACACUCUCCUGUAACUACAGCGGUUCUGCUCGUGGUGUUCACUGGUAUCGACAAUAUGCAGGAUCACCACCACAGUUCCUCAUACUGGAAGAUUCAGGGUCAACAAUUGAAGCUAAUCCACCCAUUCCAGGAAUAACCAUCAAUCACAGAAAAAAAGAAGUCCAUGUGGAUCUGAGCAUCUCCUCUGCUAAAGUGUCAGACUCUGCUCUGUACUACUGUAUAUUUGCUGACAGCAUUGAACCAAAAGACAAGGACAAUAUAAUCAGUAAAGAAGGAGAGUCUGUGACACUGAGCUGCACUUAUGAUACAAGCAGCAACAAUAUUUCGCUGUACUGGUACAGACAGUAUCCAAACAGAAUACCCCAGUUUAUACUAUUGAAAGGUGCUCAAUCACAGAGUGCUAGUGAGGACAGGGCUAUCUGGUGCAAUCAGUGCAGUACCCCCACCCCACCUGGAACAAACGGACCAAGGGCCCCACGCUUGAGGAGUGGUUCAACCUCUGUCUACCCCCCUCUUCACAAACGGACCCCACUGUACCCCGAUCCCUUCUUAGGAUGGGAAGAAGACUAUAACAUCUUUAGAGACUGUACCAAGGGCAGCAGAGUGAAACGGUCAAUGUUCCGGGCUCGCCGGGCUCUGCGUUUGAGGGUACCCCAUGCUCGGUCAAUGAGUGGUACCCCCACCACCCUGGAACACGAUCGUGAAAGGACCGAGGGGGAACCUAGCCCGCACCGGGCCCCACGUCAGCCAAGGAUGGCCCUGAGUGAGGAUAUACCAGACACUCGGUUUCAGUCAGCUACAUCUCAAACAUCCACUGAACUCACUAUUAACAGUGCAACUCUGUCAGAUUCAGCUCUCUAUUACUCUGCUCUAAGAGUAGCAGCCCAGUGAUACAAAAUGCCUGAGAGGCUUUACAAAAACUCACACACAAAAUCAUUGCUUUGAACCAUAUUUUAUCAGCUAAAAAUCAAAUCACAGCUGUAGCCUACUUUAUGUGAGCCACUAAGUCUCUGUGAAUAACAGGAUAUGGUAACACCUGCUAAAGCUUAACUGAGAUAAAUGAAAUUAAGAAUAAAAGUUUAAUUUGCAAAUUAUUACUAUGACUGUUACUGUUAUUCAGUGUUUAUGCUGGUGGUUAUUAUCAUUCAUCUUACUGACUUUACAAGCCACAUUGAUGUUUUUAGUGACACUUUUGCAAACAUCAUCUCAAUGGUCCAAACUAAAGUGUUGUUUGAAGAAGGAAAUAAAUCAAACUUAUGCAUUUUAGUAUUCAUAAAAAAA